AUGUCAUUCAGCGAAGUAGGCAUAAUGAUGCAUCAAGAGCCAUCAAGGCGAGCAGACGAGGAGCGAGAACUAGGAAUGGGCCACGUGAACAACCGCCUAUCUUUUAUAGCGCCAAGCUUCCCACCAGCAGCGACAAUACUACCUCUAGCCGCGGAACCAGAGUUGGAACAGCGCAACUUCCUGAACGAGAUAGCCACUGUCUUUGCCUCCUUUGAAUCCGCCUGUCGAUCGGGCGACAUUCACACAGUCCACGCGCUCGUUUCUCAACAAUCCCGCUCCCGCGCAUUCCUCCACCACGGUCUCAUAUUGUCGCUCGAGUCCGGCCAUGUCGAGAUCGCCCGUUAUCUCCUUUCAACCGGCGCACCAAUAACCCCUAACACUCCCGCUCACAUUCUCUCCGCACCACCAGAUUGCCAAAUCGACCUCUUCGAACUUCUCGCGCAGUCGGGCUGGGGCCCCAAUUUCCCCGGUGAUUAUGGAACACUCCUGCUUCCAAAAGUAGUAACCCAUCUGCCCGUGCUGUGUUGGUUUCUCGCGCACGGCGCAAAUCCAAAUCUAGGCGCUCACCACGAUAGUGAUAUCGCCGGUCCGCCUCAUCCGCAAUCUUGUGCCGCGCUGGAAGCGGCUGCGGCGCGGGGGUCUGUCGAUGCGGUGCGCUUACUUCUGAAUGCCGGGGCAUCGAUUCAUUAUGGUACUCCACUGCACUUUGCAGCGGGGGCUUGCUCACCUGGCAUCAUGCCGCGGAGUGUUAUAACUAAGGAGUUUGAUGCCAGUCGAAUUCCAAUUAUGGAGCUGCUUGUCGAGAGGGGGGCGGAUGUGAAUCAGAUGGGCCAGUCGAGGGUGGUUGUGCAUCACCCUAUUAUGUAUGCCGUGAUGGCCGGUGCGGUGGGACGGGUUCGGUGGUUGUUGGAGCAUGGGGCUGAUCCUGAGGCGAGGGGGGCUUGGGGUAGUGCUGCGGAGUAUGUUGAGAUGGUUGGAAGUGAGGAGAUGAAGCAAGUACUAAGGCAUAGUGCCCAUGAGCGAUCGGGGGCGAAUGGGGGAGGUUUUGGGAAUCUUGCUAUACGGUUCAAGGCCCAAUGA